AUGAAAAACGGCAUAAUGCUUAAAAAUUAGUUAUCAUUAUCAAGAAUGAAAAACCUAUUACUACAUUUAGAUGAAUUGUAAGAAUAAUAUUUAGUUACAAUGGAAUAGACUUAAAUAUAAAUAUCUAAUAUAAACAGUAAUUCAGAUUGUAAAAUAAAUAUCACUUAGAUUUACUCAUCCAAUAAACCUUUUGAAUUAUUAGAACCUUUAUAAAACUAUUUAAUUGAGAUAAAAAAUGCAAAGAAUCCUAUUUAUAUGAAAUUGAAUUAAAAAAUAAAAUAACUAAUUUUUAGCUUGAAUAAAGCAAAAUCAUUAUAAUAACAAAUCAAACAAUAGUUGGAGAUACUAUCUAAUCUUAUAAAAAAUCUAAAGUACAAAAAGGAAUGUCAAAUUUUAAUUACUUCUUUUUCUUUGAUUUUAAAAAAACGAUAAAAAUUUUAGCUUAAAUUAUUAUAAAAGAAUAAUUAACUCUCAGAAAACUUAAAUAAUUUGUCUUAACUUGUAAUAAAUUAAGAAACUAAUACAGACAAAUUAAAAUAAUAUUUUGAGUUAUAAACAUUACAAGACAUUUUAGAUAAAAAAAUAAGACUUAAUAACUCUAAUAAGAAUCUAGAUAUAAAAUCAGAAUGUCAAACUAUUAAAGUAAAGGAAGAAGAUUAAAAUUUAAGAUUUACUGCAGAUAAUCACAAACAUUUAUAAUUCUUUUACAAUUAAUCCUAAAUGUAUUACAAUUAUUUCAAUUAUUCUAUAUAUCAACAAUAUUACUACUUUAAUUAACUAAAAUAAGCUGAAUGUAGUAUUUUGAAUCCCUAAUUACUUUAUCAAUAUUAGCCUUUUAUUAACAACAUGUAUCUUUAAUUGUAAUAAAAUCCUUAAUAAUAAAAAUGA